CCGCCAUCUAUGUGUAAGUAUACACCGCCCGUUCAGUACUUCAUUCGGUAGACCAUUCUUCCAUCCAUCCAUCCAUCGGUGUGCCGCUUUUCUCAUUCGCCCUCCAUCCUUUGUCAAUACAGACAGACUGACAGACAGAGAGGGGGGGAGGGAGAAAAAAGCACGGCCAUCCAUCCAUCCACCCACCCACCAGACAAAGAAGAGAAAAAGAGGGACAGAUCUGCCCUCACUCCCUCCCACUCCCUCCUCCCCCUCCCUGCUUGCGUCUCUUCCUCGUGGUGGUCGUGGUGGUUGUGGUGGUCGUGGUCGUUGUGUUUGUGGUGCUGCUGCCAUGGUUGAUGCCUCUGAGUGGCACGCACGGCGGCGCUGACGGCUCGACUGACGCGCAGGGCCACACGAACGACCACAGCAGUGUGAGCAACAUCUGCACGUACGCCAGCAGACGGGCCCACACGCCCACACCCACACCCACACCCACGGCGGCAUCGAUGUCCGCCACCGCCACCGUCUCCUGCUGCUGCUGCUGUUUCUGUUUGUCGCUCUCCGUCGCUUCGUCGCCACUGACGCGCUCACUGCUCGGCACUGCGGCACAACCACUCACUGCAGCAGCAGCAGCUGACGCCUUUUGCUUCUUCUUGUUGCGCGCUCGCCGUUUCUUGGCCCGUUUGCUGUCCUCCUGCUGCUGCAGCAGCUGCUGCUGCUGCUGCUUCUGGUGGUGCCUUGGGUGGUGCGGGGCCUCCUUGCUGCUGUCCUUGCUGCUGGUGGUGUUGUCCUGGUGGUGCUGGAUGUGGCUGUGUGUGUGGAUGUGGGCGUGGCUGUCGAGCAUCAGGGAUGGAGGGCGGAUGGAGGGCGUGGGCGUGAGGGUGGAGUGGGUGAAGGGUGACUCGCCGCUCUCCAUCUUGGGGUUCACCUCCUGCAGAUCAAGAUCAGAUCGACACACAGUGGUGAGGUGUCUUGUGGUGGGUGCUGGCUGUGUGUGUGUGUCGACCAACGAGCGAGCGUACCUUGUUGAUUUUGAUGACCGGUGACUCGUCGCCAGCCUCCCAGGACUCGCCGGCGCCGGCGUCAUCAAGUGCCCGCUGCAGAGACCCCAACAGCAGGGACGACAGCAGACGGGGAGAAGACGGAGGGGACGAAUCGGCCUGGAUGCAUCACACAGACAGACAGACAGACAGAGAGGGAAGGAGAUGGAGUGCGUGUGUGUGUGUGUAAGGGAGAGAGGGGGUGGGAGGGUGGAUGCGGUGCUUACGUCUUCCUCCCUCCUGGGGUCUUUGAUGACGACCUCAUUGUCGCUCUCCACCUCACACACAUCCUUAUCCUUGCCAACACCCUCCUGCACACACACAGAACACACAGAGGCCAUUCAUUCAGUCAGUCGGGGUGCACACAGGCAUCCUUGUGUGUCAGUGCGUGUGUGUGUGAAGAUACCUACCUGAGCCAUCAUGGCGGACGACGCCUGCUCCAGCCCCCAGCCGAAGGAGGGCGAGGGCGGCGUCGGCUGAGACGAAGAUGACAGGGGCAAAGCGGCCAGGCGGGACUGAACACAAAACCACACGCAAGAUGGCCAGAUGGGUGGUGAGUGUGUAUCUGCUGGUGGUGGUGGUGCAUACCAGUUCUAGCUCCUCCUGCUCCCGCUUGGCCUCCUCCAUCUGCGUCAGCCUCUCAAUCUCAGCGCAACGAAGAGACUCACGCUGACACACACACGCACACACACAUACACAAGCAUCCACAGGCAUCCACAUGCAGCUUUGGUGGAGGUUUGUCUUACGCGCAGGUCUGCGAGGUGUUCGCUGAGCUCCCACUCGUUCAGAGAAGAGCUUGGAGCCUCCUGCACAUGAAUCUGUCAGACAGGGAGAACCGAACCAACGACACCAACACAACACAGACAUAUAGUGAGCAUCAAAUCGAUGGCUAUCUGCUGCAUACACACAUGCAUGGGGCUGUCUGUCUCUUCUCGGUCUCGCACUUACCCGGACGUUGCCCUGGUAGCCCUUGGUGAACACCCUCCCUCGAUGGGAGUGCUGCCCGCGGUGCUGCUGCUGCUGCUGCUGGUGGUAGUAGUGGUGCGGAUUCGCCCAGCCGUGAUAGUACCUGCCGCACAUGCACACACACACACACACAGACAGGCAUGCACAUUGGACGACACACGUCCUGCCUCCCUCCCUCCCUCCCUCCCUUGAGUCAGUCGACUUACCCUCCUCCCCGGCCUCUCCCACGGAAGCCUCUCCCCCUCCCCUGCCGCCCAUAGCCUCCGUAGCCGCCGCCAUAUGGGUGCUGAUACUGGUGCUGAUACCCACAGCCAUACCCAUACCCAUACCCACUGCCGCCAUGACCACCGCCAUACCCAUACCCACUGCUGCCUUGCCCUUGCCGCACGGCAGCCGGCGGCGGGGUGAUCACACGCACCUUGUCCACCACCCCCUGAGGAGGAUGCUGCGGCUCGUAGUGAUGCUCGUAAGGCUGCUGCUCGUGAUGCUGCUGCUGACGCUGCUGAUGCUCGUCCUGCGUGUGGUCGCCGCCCUGUUGCUGCAGUUGCUGCAGCUGCUGGUGUGGCUGCGGUUGCGCAUAUCGGUGGUCGUCUGGCAGGGGGGGUGGCGGCCACUGGAAGGUGUCACACGAGUCGCCAGCUCCAGCGACUCCAGCGACACACGGAUCUUGCCCCUCGAGCUGGUCGUAUGCGUGUGGCUGGUGCUGGUUGUCGGAGGGGAACCACUGAGGGAGCGGAGCGUUGUAGUAGCCAAAGGGGUCCUCCAUCGCCCGUCCUCUCUGUCAAUCCAAUCAACGCCUCUCUGCCUCACAUCAUCACAGGUCUGCCUCUUG